CAUCCAGACUGCCGGAAACAGGAAAGAAGAGAGAAGAUGCAGGACGUCGACGAAGAAGAACGACAACACGACAUAAACAUGGCUGCUGACAGUGAUCCCGAGUCAGAGGUGUUUGAGAUCACCGAUUUCACCACCGCGUCAGAGUGGGAACGGUUUGUGUCCAGAGUCGAGGAAGUGCUUAAUGACUGGAAGCUGAUUGGGAACUCCACAGGAAAGUUGUCCCCAGAGAAGGGUGAAUACACCAGUGGCACCUGGGGAGAGAAGUCUCAGGAUAUUAAUUUUGCUGAUUUUAAGUUCUACAUAACUCACUACUUCCUGAAACAAGAAUGUGAGAAGGACGAUGGGAAGGACAAGCUCGAGGAAGAUGCCUUCCCCUUGGCAAUGCAGGACCUUCUGUGUAUGAACAAUGAUUUCCCUCCUCGAGCCCACUGCCUGGUUAGAUGGUAUGGUAUACGAGAGUUUGUGGUCAUCUCCCCUGGAACCAACUGCGAGGCUAUCAUCAGCGAGUCCAAAUGCAAUCUGCUUCUCAGCUCCAUCUCGAUUUCUCUGGCCAACAGUGGCUGCCAGGUGCCCAUGUUUGUGCAGAUCCAGCAGAAGUGGAGGCGGAUGUACGCUGGAGAGUGCCAGGGGCCAGGUGUGCGCACUGACUUUGAGAUGGUCCACCUCCGCAAGGUGCCAAGCCAGUACAACCACCUGUCUGGCCUGCUUGACAUCUUCAAGUCUAAGAUAGGUUGUUCCCUGUCCCCUCUACCUCCAGUCAACAUUGCCAUCCGUUUUACGUACAUUCUCCAGGACUGGCAGCAGUAUCUGUGGCCACAGCAGCCUCCAGAUUUUGACACACUCCUUGGAGGUGAGGUGGGAGGGGUGGAGUUUGGGAAGCUUCCAUUUGGAGCCUGUGAGGAGCCAAUCAGUGAGCUUCAUCUUGCAACCACUUGGCCUCACCUGACAGAGGGCAUAGUUGUGGAUAAUGAUGUCUACAGCGACCUUGACCCUCUCCAAGCUCCUCACUGGUCAGUCCGAGUCAGGACAGCUGAAAACCCUCAAUGUUUACUGGGUGACUUUCUGACAGAGUUCUUUAAGCUCUGCUGUAGGAAGGAGUCUACAGAAGAGAUUCUGGGAAGAGGAUUGGCUGAAGAGGAGGGCAAAGAAAAUAGUGACAUCAGCUCUGCUUUAUCCAAGCUGACAGAGCCAGCAGCAACAGUGCCAAUCUCCAAACUUUCUGUCUCCAAUAUGGUGCACAGCGCCCGAAAGCACAUCCGACGCCACCGACGCAUUGAUGAGUCACCACUCAACACUGAUAUACUCAAUUCUGUCCUUCUGUAUCUCUUCCCAGAUGCUGCUGUGGAGAAGUCAUCAGAGAAUAGCAAGAAUAAAACUGCACAGUCAAACGCCAGUGGGAAAGCUGAGCUAGAUAAAAACUCUGACUAUAACCUUUCUCUCCAGCUGAAGUCAGCACCCAGUGACAGUCUGACCUACAGGCUGGCACUGUGUGUGUGUCUGGUCAACUACAACCACGGCGGGCUGCGCGCUGUCGCCCACCUCUGGCAGGAGUUUGUCCUAGAGUUGCGCUACCGCUGGGAAAACAACUACCUCAUCUGCGGACUUGCUGGUGGACCUCCUGAUCUUCGCUGUUGUCUAUUGCAUCAGAAGCUCCAGAUGCUGAACUGCUGCAUCGAGAGGAAGAGGGCCAGAGACAAAGCUCGCAAGGUGCUGGAGGGAAGCAAAGAGAGAGAGCACAGGGUGUCUGGUGGCUGCCAGAAUGGCCGCCCCGUACCAGAGUCUACGACGGCAACUACGACUGCAUCCACCUCAACGAGGGAGGUGUCUCCGGGGAAAUCCUGGGACUCGUGGAGCGACAGUGAGGAUGAGUUCUUUGAGUGCCUGAGUGACCAGGGGGAGAUAGAGGCUCCACAUACUGAGGGAGAAAAUGAUGGCAGUAAAAGUAAAGCAGAUGGUAGGCUGCACCCCUAUAACAACAUGACUCUACUCAACUCUACAGAGCCUCUCUACGUUCCUGUCACACAGGAACCUGCUCCCAUGACAGAAGAUCUGUUAGACGAGCAGUCAGAAGUACUGGCCAAACUGGGCACGUCAGCUGAAGGUACCCACCUCCGUGCCCGGAUGCAGAGUGCCUGUCUGCUGUCUGAUAUGGAGUCCUUUAAGGCAGCCAACCCAGGCUGUGUCCUGGAAGACUUUGUGCGCUGGUACUCGCCUAGGGAUUAUGUGGAAGAGGAGGCGAUCGACGAGAGGGGUAACACAGUGGUGAAAGGCGAGCUUAGUGCCAGGAUGAAGAUCCCAGGCAACAUGUGGGUGGAGGCUUGGGAGACAGCCAGGGUUACACCUGCACGCCGCCAGAGAAGACUUUUUGAUGACACUAAGGAGGCCGAAAAGGUUCUGCAUUAUUUGGCAGUGCAGAAACCUGCAGAGCUGACCUGCCAUCUCCUGCCCUGCAUACUCCAUGCUGCUAUUCUGAAGUUGAAGGAAGAAGAGUCAGCAGAAGACAUUCCAUCAGUCAAAAAAAACAUUCAGCAAGCUACGUGUCAAGCCAGCAAGCUGCUGCACCCCCCCAACCUUGACUACAAGAAGUUAGAGGUGAUCAAGCCAGGUUGAGGCAGUGAUGCGUAACAUAGGACAGUUGGACACUGGUGUGUCCAGCCAACACUCUGGAGCAGGACUUCUCCUGUACCAGGCCAGGUGUCUUCAUGCUGCCAGUGAAAAGACUGAUCACCACAUUAUAGGCAUUUUAACUGUCUGGUUAACUGUCAUUACAUUAUAGAGGCAUUCCUUUGGUAACCACAGUCCCAUAAUAUGAAAGUUAAUGUUUUUGAUAGAAAACUGCAUAUGCCAGUGUUGAAAAUGCCACAUUGAUCAGUGUUUUUCUGCUAUAUAACAAUUUCAUGGUCCUGGAUGUGAUAUUUACUUGAAUAAUAUCUUAAGUUCUAUCUUACUUGUAAUAUUGGCAACUUGGUAAUUCUGAUACUGCUUUUUUAAGUACAUAGAUUAUUAAACUAUACAUACUAGGAUACUAGAGCUGUCCAGAACUUCCUCUUUCGUCCAGACAGAUGACAGAUGAGUGGAAAUAGUUUUAAAAUGAUUCAUCACUAUAUAAACAGCUGAUGUAACCUGAGGAAAAUUUUAAACUGUCUUCAAGAAUACUGAACUGCACUUUUGAAAAGUAUUGUAUUGAUGUCGCACUUAUAUUGUAAGUUGAUAACACAUAUCAGCAAUGCAUCUCAAGAGAACGUAUUGGUUAUAUAUUGUAUAUUUUCUUACGAUCCUGGACAAAAUUUUGCACACAUGGAAUUUUACUAAUGAAAUUACUUUAUUAAAUAUGGAAGUAAAUCAUAUAUAAUUUUACAGAGGCAUGCAUAAAACUAUUAGAAACAUUUGUCACUUUGUUGACUAAGUCAAAUUUGCAACAGCCACCAACCACCCAGCUGAACCAGUGACUGCUGGUAGCUUUCACUUGCUCCCCAGAGCUUUGCUGUGGAUGCAAAAUACAUAGUAUUUCACUCAUGUGUCCUGAAGUUAAUGAAAUUGACCAAAUAAAACCUGUUAAAUUUAUUUACAGAUGGUUUAUCACAGAUGGCAGUAGUUUAAUAGCACAUUAUGAUUAUCAGGUUGUAAGAUACAGUAGAUAUGUUAAUGAUGACCACUUAGAAAAAAUGUUAUAAAGCACACUUAUUACACACACAUUCAUGUUAUUCCCAGUCUGUAACCAGGGUUGGUACUCACCCCUGUAGAACUGUUUUCACAGACUCUAGUGAAUAGACAUGUAAUAAAUUAGAAAAAGAAUUUGUUAGACUAUACCAAGAGUAAGAGUAUUAGUUUCUUCAUAAACUGACACAACGUCUUGGUUGUUGGAUGACUGAGACAGACUCAGAGUAAUUUGCCAUAAACUUAUUCGCUUUAAGUAUUUCAGCAAGUACAGAGAGCCAACAGAUGAUUAGCGUUCACAUGCUGCCUAAAAUCCAAAAGUUACCACAAAAGUUGUGUUAAUGCAUUAUCUACUGUUACAAGGGUUUGUGGUUAUUCACUGACGUUACUGCAGUUCGCAGUAUAAUUAAAUAUUAACAUUA